GGCGUGAGGUGUUCGAGCAGGAACAGGAAAAACGGGUUGUAUUGUUGCUAAUGGAGAAGCGAGUGAGGAGGUCAGAGAUUGUUUUAUGGAAACAAACAGAUCCACAAAGUUUUGUUUUGUACACAUCGAUGCGCUUCGGUCGCCUUCAAUUUCAGUAAAACACGGGUUCACGCCCAGGGACCGUAAAAGAAUAGCAACUGAACGUUUUGUUUGAAGCUUUGGGAUCUCUGAAACCUAUUUACCUCAUAUGUCAACACUGAAUUUUUUCAUACACAAGUGACACUGAUAUCAAAUCGAAGGACAUCAGUGAGCAUCGAAAACGGUUACCGUGGAUAGUAUGGCCAUGACAGGGGGGACAGCCCAGAGCCUCCCCAUGAGCAACCACACCCGCGAGCGGGUGACCGUGGCCAAACUCACGCUGGAGAACUUCUACAGCACCCUGCUCACCCAGCACGAGGAGCGUGAGACGAGACAGAAGAAACUGGAGAAGGUUAUGGACGAGGAAGGGUUGCAGGAUGAAGAGAAGAUCAUGCGGCGCUCGCAGCACGCUCGGAAGGAGACGGAGUUCCUGCGGCUGAAGAGGACGCGUCUGGGGCUGGACGACUUCGAGUCCCUGAAGGUCAUCGGGAGAGGCGCGUUUGGAGAGGUGCGGCUGGUGCAGAAGAAGGACACGGGGCACAUCUACGCUAUGAAGAUCCUGCGGAAAGCCGACAUGCUGGAGAAGGAACAGGUGGCCCACAUCCGGGCCGAGCGGGACAUCCUGGUGGAGGCCGACGGGGCCUGGGUGGUGAAGAUGUUCUACAGCUUCCAGGACAAGAGGAACCUCUACCUCAUCAUGGAGUUCCUUCCGGGGGGUGACAUGAUGACCCUUUUGAUGAAGAAGGACACGCUGUCAGAGGAGGCCACCCAGUUCUACAUAGCUGAAACGGUGCUCGCCAUCGACUCCAUCCACCAGCUGGGGUUCAUCCACAGAGAUAUUAAACCGGACAACCUGCUGCUGGACUCCAGGGGUCAUGUGAAGCUAUCAGACUUUGGGCUGUGUACCGGACUGAAGAAAGCUCACCGGACCGAGUUCUACAGGAACCUCACACACAACCCUCCCAGCGACUUCUCCUUCCAGAACAUGAACUCCAAGAGGAAAGCGGAGACGUGGAAGAAGAACCGGAGGCAGCUGGCCUACUCCACUGUGGGAACUCCAGAUUACAUCGCCCCAGAAGUGUUCAUGCAGACGGGCUACAACAAGCUCUGUGAUUGGUGGUCCCUGGGUGUCAUCAUGUAUGAAAUGUUAAUAGGUUACCCUCCAUUCUGCUCGGAGACCCCCCAAGAGACCUACAGGAAGGUGAUGAACUGGAAGGAGACUCUGGUCUUCCCCCCCGAGGUGCCCAUCUCCGAGAAGGCCAAGGACCUGAUUUUGAGGUACUGCAACGACGCAGAAAACCGUAUCGGGGCCGCGAGCGUCGAGGAGAUCAAGAGCCACCCGUUCUUUGAGCCGGUGGACUGGGAGCACAUCAGGGAAAGACCAGCGGCCAUCUCCAUUGAAAUAAAAAGUAUCGACGACACGUCGAACUUUGACGAUUUCCCCGAGUCUGACAUUCUACAGCCUGUGACCAACGUGACGGAGCCGGACUACAAAUCCAAGGACUGGGUCUUCCUGAACUACACUUACAAAAGGUUCGAAGGGCUGACUCAGAGGGGCACGAUUCCGUCCUACAUGAAGGCCGGGCAGGCGUGAGGCCCAUCGGCUCGCUGGUCUGUCCUGGGGGGAAAGGAC